AUGCAGCUUUUUUUCCUAAAUAAAGAAAUUCUGAAUAAUAUUCCUGAAAGUCAGGGUAGAGACUUCCAUAUCAGGAUACUAUUAAAAAUGGACUUUCAACUGAAAAAUGCAAGGAUAGAGUGUAGCUGGCACCUAAAGAGGAUACUGCAUGGAUAUGGGCAUAUUUUGAAGCAGAGGUUGCACAGCUGUCCAGAUCUUGUCAGUUUCAUGGUGGAGCUGAAAACUGUUUUGGAAAUUGCUUUAAAGAAUACACAAGACCUGAAUAUACCAUGGCCGCCAGAAUACUACUCCUGUCUUGUCAGAGAUAUAGAAAUAUUGGGCUGGAAUAAAGUCGCAUAUGUGGAUACUGGUCUUACCACAAUCAAGCUAAAAGCUGAAGACUCUUGUGGUCGACAGCAUCUCAUCACUCUGAAGUUAAAUGCAAAGUAUCCAACAGACCCACCGGAUUGCCUUGUGGAUUUUCCUGUUCAGUUUGCUAUUUCUUGGAUGCCACAGAACUCCUUAGUAGACAUUUAUAAUCAGUUCCUGGCAGCAUUAGAAUCACUGAAAGAAUUCUGGGAUGCUAUGGAUGAAAUUGAUGGGAAGACAUGGGUGCUUGAGCCAGAGAAUCAUACACGAAGCACUACAACAAGAAGAAUCGCAAUAGGGAACAACGUCUCAGUGACCAUAGAGGUAGAUCCUCGGCAUCCAAACAUGCUCCCCGAGUGUUACUUUCUUGGAGCAGAUCACGUGGUUAACCCUUUGAGAAUUAAGCUGAACAACAAUAUCCACUUAUGGGAUCCAGAAAUCAGUUUAUUACAAAACUUGAAAGACCUCUUAGAAAUAGAUUUUCCAUCUCGUGCUGUGUUAGAAAAAAGUGAUUUUGCUAAGGACUGUGGAAUCUGCUAUGCCUAUCGACUUGAUGGCACUACUCCAGAUCAAGUGUGCGAUGAUCCCCGAUGUGGACAACCUUUUCAUCAGGCUUGCCUGUAUGAGUGGCUACAAGGUCUUCCUUCUAGCAGACAGAGUUUUAAUGUCAUCUUUGGUGAAUGUCCAUAUUGUAAUAAGCCACUGACACUGAAAUCUUCAAUGAAGAAACUCUGA